UAAAAAAAAAAGGCAAAAAGAAAAGGAGAAGAGAGGAAAACAAAGACUCGCGUAAAAAUUAAAAAAAAAGAAGAGAUUCAUUCUCGCUCUUUCCCCGGUGAUCGUGAUGGAGUUGCCGGUGGUGGAUCUGUCCCCGUACCUUGAAAUCGCCGGUAAAAUCGGUGGCGACUCAGUGAGUCAUCUGGGUUCCGAUAUUCUCGAGUCGUGCCGAGAGGUCAGUCGGAUUCUGAAGGAAACCGGGGCCUUGCUGGUGAAGGAUCCGAGAUGCAGCGCCGAAGACAACGAUCGGUUCAUAGAUAUGAUGGAAAGGUACUUCGAGAUGACCGAUGACUUCAAGAGACUGCAAGAGAGACCUAAUCUGCACUAUCAGGUUGGGGUGACACCGGAAGGAGUUGAAGUCCCAAGAAGCUUGGUUGAUGAAGAAAUGCAAGAAAAGUUGAAGGCAAUGCCAGAAGAAUACCAACCUCACACUCCCAAGGGACCAGAUCACAAGUGGAGAUACAUGUGGAGAAUCGGUCCUAGGCCAUCGAACACUCGCUUUAAGGAACUCAACUCGGAGCCCGUUGUGCCAAAAGGUUUUCCCAACUGGGAAGAAACGAUGGACUCUUGGGGUUACAAGAUGAUAUCAGCUGUGGAGGUUGUUGCUGAAAUGGCAGCAAUCGGGUUCGGAUUGCCAAAGGAUGCGUUCACAUCAAUCAUGAAACAGGGGCCCCAUCUUCUUGCUCCUACUGGAAGUGAUCUUAGUCGUUACAACAAGGAGGGCACGAUAUUUGCAGGAUAUCACUAUGACCUUAAUUUUCUGACGAUUCAUGGAAGAAGUAGAUUUCCUGGGCUAUAUAUUUGGUUAAGGAAUGGGAAAAAGAUGGCAGUCAAAGUUCCCGUAGGAUGCCUCCUAAUUCAAACCGGAAAACAGAUAGAAUGGUUAACUGGCGGAGAAUGCAUUGCUGGCAUGCACGAAGUCGUCGUGACAAGCAACACAAUAGAUGCAAUCAAUUCAGCCAAAGAACAAAGCCGAAGCUUAUGGAGAGUAUCCUCAACAUUGUUUGCCCACAUUGCCUCUGAUGCUGAGCUGAAACCUUUGGGCCAUUUCGCCGAAUCCCCGCUCGCUAGCAACUACCCGUCGAUACCUGCCGGAGAGUUUGUCGAACAAGAGCUCUCUGUCAUCAAUCUGAAAGGCGAGAAGGGGAUUUCCUAGUUCUUCAUCUGCUUUCCGACAUCCAUUUGCUACUGAUACCGAACCUUUCAGGGCGACUUUUGUUUGAGCACAGAGUAAAUUAUCUCCUUGUCUGAUUGAUCAAAUUGAUCUUUUGAUAAAUUUGCUUCACUCUGAUGCUUCUUCUUCAUGUAUUCCCUCUUAGUAUGUAUACUUGAAUACCCGGAAUUUUCUGUUACAUCUUUGAUCAUUUUA